AUCACUGUGGGUUCGGUGGUAGAACAAAACCCUACGUGAACCCUUGCGGCGAUCUUCCGCUGCUCCGCCGCCGUCGUCCGGUUUGCGAAACCCAAGCAAACGCGCUCCAUUUCCUUUUUCCCGUUUCUAGGUUCCGAUCUGAUCACUGCUUUCGGAUAACCAACUAUUGAAGGAGGGAUGAAGAACCUGAAACUCUCGUCGCAGUUCUCGCGGGAUCUGGAGUUGCAGUUCGAGGGGGAAACCCUUCUGCUUUCCGCAUUCGACAUCGAGCGCAACCGUGUCUUCUUUGCCUCUUCCGCUAAUGUCGUCUACACUCUCCAGCUCCCCUUGUCUCAUGAUUCAUCUUCAGAAGCCGAGCCACUACCUUUAGAACCUGGGGACCACAUAACUGCGAUGGAUUAUCUGAUGGAGAAGGAAGCACUAAUACUGGGAUCUUCAGGGGGUUGCUUACUACUGUAUAAUGUCGAUAUGAAAACAACUGAAAUUGUUGGUGAGGUAAAGGGUGGAGUGAAGAGUCUUGUUUCUAGUCCAGAUGGAGCUCUUCUGGCUGUAACUUCUGGAUCUGGGCAGUUACUAGUCAUGACUUACGAGUGGGAAGUACAAUAUGAAAUCCCACUUGACCCUCAACUUUCCGAUAAUGUGAAUGUAAGUGACAUGGAUAGUCACUCCAUCAAUCAUUUUGAGAGCUCCAUUUCUUGGCGAGGAGAUGGAAGGUUCUAUGCUACCAUAAGUGGAGUUUAUGACUCUUUUUCUUUGCAAAAGCUUAGGGUUUGGGAACGUGAAUCUGGAGACUUAUAUUCUUCUUCAGAGUUUAGGAAGUUCAUGGGAACAUCCUUGGAUUGGAUGCCAAGUGGAGCUAAAGUGGCAACCAUAUGUGACAGGAAGAAUGAAAAUAAAUGUCCUCUGGUAGUACUUUUUGAGAAAAAUGGAUUGGAGAGGAACUCCUUUCCAAUUGACGGGCCAGUGGAAGCAACAGUUGAAAUAUUAAAAUGGAAUUGCAAUUCUGACCUGCUUUCUGCUUCUGUUAUUGGUGAUGAGUAUGAUAGUAUCAAAAUUUGGUCCUUCAGCAACAACCACUGGUACUUAAAGAAAGACAUAAGAUAUCCAAAGAAAGACAGAGUGAGGUAUAUCUGGGAUCCAUCAAAGCCAUUGCAUUUGAUUAGUUGGACACUGUGUGGAAAGAUCAUAGCCUACAACUUUCUCUGGUCAACUGCUGUUACUGAGACAUCGAUAGCAUUGGUUAUUGAUAACUCCAAUGUGCUAGUUACUCCUCUUUCACUUUCCCUCGUGCCACCUCCCAUGUCCCUUUUCAAUCUGAAGUUUUCUUGUGCUGUUCAGGAUAUUUCUUUCUUUUUUAAGAACUCAAAGAAUUAUGUAGCUGCAUGCUUGUCUAACAGUGAUUUAUGUGUAGUGGAGCUUCCUAGGAUGGAUUUAUGGGAUCAGUUUGAAGGAGAAGUAUUCAACAUUGAAGCUUGUCAAGCUGAUUCAGCAUUGGACACCUUUAUGCAUCUCACGUGGUUGGAUUCACAUGUUCUGCUUGGUGUAUCUUCUUUGGGAUCUCACAGUUGUUCAGCAUCAUUAGGGAAAUAUGUUCUUGCUCAAAAACAGAAGCAACCCCAUGGUUACUUGUUGCAGGAGAUUGAACUUGUAUGUUCUGAGAAUUCUGUACCUGAAUCAGUUAGUUCUUCAGGUUGGCAUGCAAAGAUCUCGAAGUUAAGGUCUUUUGAAGAACCUAUCAUCGCUAUUGCCCCCAUUCCAAACAAAAAAUUUUCAGCCUUUAUUCAGUUUCAUGGAGGAUCAGUUGUGGAGUAUUCUUCUUCCAAUGUGAUGAUACCUGAACAUUCAUAUCUUCAUGAAUUUAAAUCUGAGCAUGGUUUUUCAUCCUCAUGCCCUUGGAUGAAAGCAGUCCUUGUUCGUGAUAAUGGCACUUUAAAACACUUGAUUUUUGGGCUUGAUGAUAAUGGCAGACUGCAUUUUGGGAGGAGAAUAUUAUGUAAAAACUGCAGUAGUUUCUCAUUUUACUCCACCACUUGCAGUGUUUCUGAGCAAGUGGUCACACACUUGCUUCUUACCACCAAGCACGAUCUUCUAAUUAUUGUCAGCAUGGAUGAUGUUUUACAUGGAAAUCCAGAAACAAAAAUUGAUGGAUACAGUAGUUCUAACAACCAUGCAGAGGAAAAUAAAGACUUGGUGCGUAUAUGGGAAAGAGGUGCAAAACUGAUUGGGGUAAUUCAUGGGGAUGAAGCAGCAGUCAUACUACAAACUAAUCGAGGUAGCUUAGAAUGUAUCUAUCCAAGAAAAUUGGUUCUUGUGUCAAUCAUUAAUGCUCUGGUUCAAGGGCGGUUCAAGGAUGCAAUGCUCAUGGUAAGGAGACAUAGGAUAGAUUUCAACGUCAUUGUUGACUACUAUGGCUGGAAAGCUUUUCUUAAAUCAGCUAAAGAGUUUGUCUGUCAAGUAGAUAAUCUUGGCCAUAUAACAGAGUUUGUCUCUUCAAUCAAGAAUGAGAAUGUGAUUAGCACUCUCUACAAGGCCUAUAUUUCACUGCCUGCUUCCAAUGAGACCACAUCUGGACACACUGAAAGUGUUCACAUGGAGAGCAAGAUUUCUAGUGUUUUAUUAGCUGUGCGGAGAGCCCUAGAAGAACAAAUACCGGAAAAACCUGCUAGAGAGCUCUGUAUAUUGACUACUUUAGCUCGCAGUGAACCUCCAGCUUUGGAGGAAGCACUGAAUAGAAUAAAAGUAAUCCGAGAAUUGGAACUAUUGAGGGUUGAUGAUGGUAGGCGAAAGUCAUAUCCUUCUGCUGAAGAAUCUCUAAAGCAUCUGCUAUGGUUGACGGACCCUGAGGCUGUUUAUGAAGCUGCUUUAGGCUUGUACGAUCUUAACCUUGCUGCCAUUGUAGCAUUAAACUCACAAAAAGAUCCAAAGGAAUUUCUUCCCUUUCUCAAAGGACUUGAAGAAUUGCCCCCUCCUGUUAUGAGAUAUACAAUCGAUCUAAGACUGCAUAGGUAUGAGAGCGCACUAAAACAUAUUGUCUUGGCAGGUGAUGAUUAUUACGAAGAUUGCAUGAACCUUCUGAAGAAUAACCCUGAACUUUUUCCACUCGGCCUUCAGUUAUUUUCUGACCCUGUCAAGAGAUUACAGAUCCUAGAGGCAUGGGGUGACCAUCUUAAUGCUGAAAAAUGCUUUGAAGAUGCUGCUAGGAUCUAUUUAAGUUGCUCAUCACUUCAGAAAGCUCAAAGGGCAUAUCGUGCUUGUGCUGAUUGGAGAGGUGUAUUUACAGUAGCUGGUCUCCUUAAACUAGGAAAAGGAGAGGUUCUACUACUAGCAAAUGAUCUUUGUGAAGAAUUUCAAGCACUUGGGAAGCCAGCUGAGGCUGCUAAAAUUUCGCUUGAGUAUUUAAAGGAUUUUGCCAGAGCCGUUGAUUAUUUAAUAAUGUCACGAGAGUGGGAAGAGGCUCUCAGAAUUGCCUGUAUGCAAGAAGAGCUGGAUUUGCUCACCCCUGUGAAGGAUGCAUGUGUAGAAUGUGCCACUGCAUUGACCUCUGAAUACAACGAGGGGUUCGAGAAAGUAGGGAAAUAUUCUGCCCGCUAUCUAGCUGUACGCCAGAGAAGAAUACUAUUUGCAGCUAAGAUUCAAUCAGAGGACAGGUCCGUAAAUGAUGCUGAUUAUGAUACUCUUUCAGAAAGCAGCACUACUUUCAGCGAAAUGAGUGCAUACACCACAAGGACAGCAAGGGAAUCAAGUGCUUCCAUCAGCUCAAGUAAAGCCAGUAAGGCUCGUGCGAUGAGACAUCAAAGACAUAAAGGUGGAAAGAUUCGUCCUGGAAGCCCUGGAGAGGAGCUGGCACUAGUGGAGUAUUUGAAGGGCAUGUCCCUCACUGAGAGCAGCCAACGUGAACUUAAAUCCCUCGUUGUAACUCUUAUAAUGCUUGGUUUGGAGGAAAUUGCCCGUAAGCUUCAAUCCGCUGCAGAUGCGUAUCAAAUAUCUCAGCAGGCAGCUGUAAGACUAGCCGAAGAUACAGUGACAAAUGAUGUGUUAGAUGAGAACACCCAUACCUUAGAAAAUUACAUGAAAAGGUUGAAAGCUCUGUAUGUAAAGGCUCUUCCUCGGCUAUCUAAAGCGCUGUUACCACCGUUGCAGGUGCAUGAGCUUUUUGAAUGCUAACAUGAUACUGUUAUGGUCGUGCGAGCGAAUUGGAAUGGUCGCCCAAGUUUGCUGCAGAAAGGCAAAUCUUAUCUCAACUCUCUCAAUGUUGCUCAUCAUGUUGUAAUUUCUGGAUUUGGGGGAUUUAAAUAGCUUUUGUUGGCCACAUAUUAAUUGUAAAUUGUCUUGUAAUGCUCUUUAAUCGGAAAGUUUUUUUCCGUGGCUUUCAUCAUGAACUAA